UUCAGGUACCUUACCACUUCAAAACUCAAGCCUCUAGAAUGAAAUAAUCAAUCUAUCGGCUAUCCAUUCUCUAAUCAUUCGUUGUGACGGUUCGACCUAACAUCAAUAUCCCAGUAUCGAAGCGAUCAUCCACGAAUUUCUUGGAACGGAAGAAAAUGGACAUUAGAAUACAUUGAUACCAGCUGCUUCUCCAAAGAUUAAUUCUGAGGCCCGAACAAUGUGUUUGAAGAGAGUUAUGAGCGAAUGGAAUCCAAUGGGGAUUGACUGUUAUAGCCAAUCGUUCCCCAGCUACUACGGAGCCGACUAUGUUCUUCCGUGAUAGCUACGUUUCUUAGAUUUGAAGAUGAUCGAGCAUUAUCUCCACUCGUCCACUUUUGAGGAUAGGAGAAGUGGAGCGAGAUCAGCCAGCCGCGUUGAAAACUAGCAGCAAUGGAGUACGACUACCCGGAAGUAGUAACUUCGGCGAGCGGCCUCAGCCUCAACCAGAGCAACUCGAGUCUCGCCAAGGAUGACGUCACAGCACCUUGCCCUGUCGAGGAACAAACUUUGUACCUAGUCCUCGGAACCGAGAUGGCCGUGCCGCUAUGGGAAGCCCUCGCGUCACUGUUACUCUUGGGAUUCAUUAUAGUUGGAACAAUUGUCGGCAAUAUCCUAGUGAUACUGAGUGUUUUCACACAUAAACCGUUGAGAAUAGUUCAAAACUUUUUCAUAGUAUCGCUUGCAUUAGCUGACCUGACAGUCGCUCUCCUGGUGCUCCCCUUCAAUGUGGCUUACAACUUACUCGGGCGCUGGGUGUUCGGCAUCUACGUCUGCAAAAUGUGGCUGACUUGUGAUGUCAUGUGUUGUACGGCUUCCAUUCUCAAUCUGUGUGCAAUAGCAUUGGACAGGUACUGGGCGAUUACGGACCCCAUAAACUACGCUCAGAAACGGACAAUGAAAAGAGUUGUGUUGAUGAUAUCAGUGGUGUGGAUACUGUCAGCUGUGAUCAGUUCACCACCUCUGAUCGGCUGGAAUAAUUGGCCUGAUGAGUUCGACCCGACUACUCCUUGCCAGCUGACCAGUCAGCCUGGGUAUGUCAUCUAUUCAUCUUUGGGCUCGUUCUACAUCCCACUGCUCAUCAUGACCAUCGUGUAUGUGGAGAUAUUCGUGGCCACGAGGCGUCGGCUGAGGGAGAGAGCCAGAGCAUCCAAGUUAAAUGCUGUCAAGCAGAGUUUCACCAACCAACAAAACUCGAUCAAGGAGCGGCAGUCGCCCCUGGACCAGGAGUCGGUGAGCAGUGAGACCAAUCAUAACGACGAUCCGCACAGGAAGAGCAAGGAGAAACGCAAGAAAAAGAAGAGGAAGAAACAGGAGUGCAAGAAAAGUGAGAACAAGGGCAACAAGUAUUUGCUUCCGAUGCCAGCUCAGGAGGACUCGGUAACUGAUCUACAUCAGGAGGUUGUGUCCAACAACUCCAAUCGAGGGAUUGAGGGUAUCAACAAUACUUCAACUACCACUACAACUACAACGACAACAACAUCCACUACUAACACAGUUGGUGAGCGGGAGCAUGUGGUGGUGACCCCAGUAAUGAUAAUGCCAGCCACCCAGAAACGCACUAACACUGUCCACCAGUUUAUCGAGGAGAAGCAGAGGAUCUCUCUGUCCAAAGAGCGCCGCGCUGCUCGCACUCUGGGCAUCAUCAUGGGUGUGUUUGUGGUCUGCUGGCUUCCAUUUUUCCUCAUGUAUAUCAUCCUCCCAUUCUGCGAGUCCUGUUGCCCUUCCAACUCCUUCAUCAACGUCAUCACUUGGCUAGGCUAUAUCAACUCUGCUCUCAAUCCUAUAAUCUACACCAUUUUCAACCUGGAUUUCAGAAGAGCUUUCAAGAAGCUACUUCACAUGAAACCAUGAUGAAUAAUGAACUUCUCAAUUGAGAAUCGUUGUAAUAGGUAAUCACGUCUCAUCGGAAUAUAGCAUGAACUGACCACUCCAGAAACUAUAAGCAAAUUGAACUUCUCAGAGGUUUGAGUGCCAUCACCUCUUCUAAUCAAUUACUACUCCUAUAAAAUAAUACACAAUAAUUGUAAUCGUUAGUGUAAAUUAUAUCAUGUUGUUGUGUUUGCUUUUGGAUAAUUUGGUAUUCGCAUGAUGUACUUGAAUCAUUACAGAUUUUAUAGAAAUUUUUUUAUGAACUCACACUUCCUAAUGAUACAUCGCAUGAUAUAUUAUUCAGUAUAUCAUGGAUUCAUCUGACGUAUCAAGUUCUAUUCACACUUGAAUGUUAAACUUGAAUAAUCACUUAUUUGUGCAAUAAUGAUAAUAGCAUUUCGUUCAUUUCUACAACGAUUUCCACUACCUCAAUGUGAGAUUUCAUUUUUUCCAGUUUUAUAUUGUUCUCACCUAUUAUAUUAUCUCAAUAUAUCAGGUUGGAUAUUCUAAUUUUGGAUGAUCAAAGAAACGUCGUCUUUGUUCAUGAAAGCUGACUUUUUACUAUAUGAUUAUUGAUGAUUCUAUGUUGUUGUGGACUAGUAGAUAUUGGAUGAACACGACUUGAUAUUGUCAAAAACACUAAUUUUUCAAAAGAAUUUGAGGUACUAUUCUCGGUUGUAACACCGUUAUCAAUCUACAGUAAACCGGAAGCUCCAACAUUGAGCAAAAGAGUAUAAUAUAGCAGGGGUGAAGCCCUACGAUUGGCCAAUAGUGUUGUUUACCAAUGAAGGCUGAGCCCUACUGUCAUUGGCCAAGACAAGGCACGCCCAAGUAUGUCAACCUUCAUUGGUCAACAGAUAUUGACUAAUCAUAGGUCUUCAUUCAGUAUUCUACUGUUUAAUAUUUAGGCCUUCAGUUUACUUGAUAUUGAUUCUUUUUAUAUUAGAGCUGCAAAUGACGAAAAAUUCACAGCCAAUAUGGCUGAUUGUAACAAACGUAACAAGUAUCUCAAAUUAUUAUUUUGAAUCAGAGUUUUUGUCAAUUUCAUUCACUACAAUAGGUGGUUGUUAGUGCUUCCCUCUUGAUUGAGUGGUCGAGACAUAUUCUUCCCUUCUACAGUUUGUGUAUCCUUGACGGAAUAAUAACAUGAUUAGCUAAUCAUUCCUCUACAAAAAAUAGGCGGGAGACCGCUAAUGACAAUGAUUAUGAAAUGAAAUGAAAAAAUACUUUAUUAGGCGGAGUUAGGAUUAUUAUUAUUUUAAAUAUCAAUAAAAUAUUAUUUUAUAAUAAUUAUGAAAUAUAAUAUUAAUAUAUUUCGUUGAACAUACACUGCUAUACAAGUCUAUCAUAAAUUGAUUUUUCAGCUCGUGUAUUUCUACCAGAUUCGAUAUGUAAAUAAUUAUUACUGUUUGGAUAUUUCCACCGUGUUCAAAUAUUUUUGUAUGCAUAAGUGAGAAGGUGAUUAAAUGUUUAUAAGUAGUGUGUUUUGUCAAUGCUCAUGAGGAAUUUGUGAUAUUGUCAAUAAUGUGAGCUCUCAAUGAACUCUUAUCUCUUAUAUAAAUAGGUGGUUUGGAAAGAAAUCAUUCAAUUACAAUAUAUGGAUAGCAAUAUAUAUAUUAUUGAGAUGCUUUCCAGUUCUAUAUCACGUCUGUAAAGAUAUAUUAAUAGUAAUAUAUAACUUACGAUUCAUAAAAUGAGUUAUGCAACUCACAUGAACAUUUUAUAGUUCAUGAUUCAUAGUAGUUCAUGAUAGUUAUAUGAUUUCUCUCAUCGAAAGAGUCAUAUCCCAUAUAAUUUAUCAGUAUGAGAGAGUUAUAGGAUUCCAUUGAAAUCAUUAUUAUUGUAAAAAGCAUGUCAAUACAUGUGAUUACAGUUCUCCAGGUGAUAAUUGAUUAUCUAUUCAUUGGAUUAUUUAUUACUAUUAUUAUUCAGAUUAUUCAUAAUCUAUUGAUUAUUUUAUUUAUUUGAAUAAACCUUGCUUUAUUUACAAACAAAUAACUAUGAAAGAAAAAUAAUACAUUUCCAGUCAGUCUACAAAUAUAAUAGAAUCCAGAUAAGUAUGAGAUAAAAAAUAAUCUUUUUGGCAGAGGGUGAAGAGUUGUUGCAUUUCAACUUGUGCUCUGUUAUUCAUUGUAAUAAACAAUUUCAAACCUAAAAUUGAUAUGAGUGGUCUGUAUGGUCUAGUAUGGAUUGAGUAGUCUUCAAUCUUGGAGAUACUGAGAAACAAAAAAUCAACAAUUUCAAGUGCCAAUUAGUUUAGUGUGUGAACUAGGAUUUUGGAUUCAAAAGCUAAUAUCAAAAUUAUUAUGUCUAGUAGAAAAAUGAGAUUUCUUUGAAUGAUUACAAUUGUAGAAUGUUCUGUUAAUAAGCCACGCACACACACUUCGUUUCUUGUUCGUAUGAUAUUUUGCCGUCGUUAUGAGUUGUACUAGAUUAAACGGUACUUGACAAACAUCAACUGUUUGAAGUUCUAAAUAUAAAACCAUAGCCACCUCUAAUACAGAGGUAUGUAUUGAGAGGUGGCUAUGAUAAAACCCACCUGGUACUACCUGGUACGAUGAUGAAAAUCGCAUAUCUAUAAAAAUGUAAUAUUUUCACAUUGAAAGUUUCAUUAGAAUUUGAAUAGUAUAGAAGAGUUAUAUGAAAUUCAGUACAGUGUUUCCGAUUCGCUCAAUGAUUGUAAUCACGCUACAUACACCCAAUAUAACAGUAGUCACUUGAUUGGAUAAACUUCUGGCUGGAUGUUUAUUCAAUGGAUGAAAUUUAAUGCAAAGUUAUAUCAAGAGUUCUAUAAUUUUUUCCUUGUAAAUAAAUUAUAAAAGAUUCUGAAGGCUGUAACAAUACCUACUAUUACUUAUCAUUAUAAAUAGAAAUAAUAGUAGGUAUUGGCUGUAAUUAGAUUUAUGAGGGAAAUAUAUUUAGUCCACAUGGAAAAGUGCUUAAUGUAGAGAGGAUGCUGUGCUAGGUUAAUUAAAACUGUUGUUCAAUGAUUUUACGAGUGUUGUAUUUUGAAUGUACUGGGAAUGUAAAUUUUGUGAAUAACUAAUUGUAUAUUUUGGUCAAAAUUUUAUGUGAGCGAUGUUUCAUAGAUUUCGUAGAUUAAAAUAAAUUGUAUAAACAUGUAAAAAUCAUAUCUUUCCUGCACAAGGUUUCCUGUUUUAAUAUUUUCUGAGCCCAGGUAUUAAAAAAGGAAAACUGUGUAAGAAGAAUUUGAAGCUGUCUAAUAAAUAGCUGUAGUUAGGAAACAAAAUUGAAUAUACAGUACAUACGAAGUUCAAGUAACGGGUCUAAAUUUGACAGAGUCUAGGCACAUCUGUGAAUAAGAUGAAUCGAAUAGCAAUUGAAUUGUAAAUGUUCUAGGAUAAGUAUAGCAGAAUAAAAUAUUGUUAUUUUAUGCUUGUUGUUGAUCUGAGCUAAUAUUGUAAUCAAAUUAUAGUAUCUAUGUUUUUGAAUCCAACUCUAGGAUGGAUUUACUACAAAUUGUUUGAUAAAUUAUUAUGGUAUCAGAUGAUGUAAGGAUAUAAAUUAUACAAUAAAAAUUUUCUUGUCUAAAAAAAA